GUCCUGAAAGUCUACUCAUUUCUAGAUUUCUACUUCGUCCUUGAACGUCCAGAAAAUAAAGAAAAAUGCGUGAGUGUAUUUCCUUCCAUAUUGGUCAGGCUGGAGUCCAGAUUGGCAAUGCCUGCUGGGAGCUGUAUUGCCUGGAACAUGGCAUCCAGCCGGACGGUCUGAUGCCGAAUGACAAGACCGCAGGAAGAGGAGAUAACUCCUUCAACACCUUCUUCAGUGAGACCGGUUCUGGAAAGCAUGUUCCCCGGGCUGUGUAUGUGGACCUGGAGCCCACUGUCAUUGAUGAGGUGCGCACUGGGACCUACCACCAGCUAUUCCACCCUGAGCAGCUGAUCAGUGGUAAAGAGGACGCUGCCAGCAAUUACGCUCGUGGGCACUACACCAUUGGAAAGGAGAUCAUUGAUCCCGUUUUGGAUAGGAUUCACAAACUGGCUGACCAGUGUAAUGGUCUUCAGGGUUUCCUGGUUUUCCACAGCUUCAGUGGAGGCACUGGCUCUGGUUUCACCUCCCUGCUGAUGGAGCGCCUGUCUGUCGACUACGGCAAGAAAUCCAAGGUGGGUAGACUGU